UUGACAGAUAAUUAAAUGUCCCGUCAAGGGCAAUACUGACAGGAAAUGUGCGGUUAUUAUUGAAAUAUCAAAUCGGUUUCUUGAACUUUAAUAUGUAAAAUGGAUAUGAUCACACAGACCAGCCUUGAAGCAUUGCUGCUGAAAGCAACAAACUCAAAAAACCUCAAUUUCGAUACCGCUGCUGUUGAAGCCUUUUGCACUCUUGUAAAUAAAGAACGGGAUGGGGCCUAUAUUGGGGUGAAAGUUAUUGCCGCGAGGCUCACGGCUGAAGAAAAAGAGGUGUUGCAAACCCUGAAUGUACUGGAUACAUGCAUGACCAAAUGUGGCAGUCACUUCCAGAACGAAGUAGGAAAAUUCAGGUUUCUGAAUGAAAUGAUCAAGCUAGUAUCGCCCAAGUACUUGGGCUCAGAGACACCAUUAACGGUAAAGCAGAAAGUACUUCAGCUGCUGUACGUUUGGACGCUCGACUAUCCCAAAGAAACUAAAAUCAAAGAGGCCUUCGAUAUGUUGAGGAAACAAGGUGUCAUACGUGAGAUUCCCAACCCCAACAUGCCGUCAUUCGAUACCUUGAACGUUGCCAAAAGAAAGCCUACCAGUUCGGUAUUUCAGGAUGAGGAGAAGUCUAAAAUAUUACAAAAAUUGCUGCAGAGCAAAGAUCCUGAGGAUGUUCAAGCUGCGAAUUGGCUCAUCAAGAGUAUGGUGAAAGAAGACGAUAAAAGAGCAGAAAUGAAAAGCAGAAGAAUAUCUGAACUUGAAUCGGUUCAGAACAAUGUCAGACUGCUGAAUGAAAUGCUGGAUUCGUACAAACCUGGCAUUUCUUCCGCGGGAGAGCUGGACCUCAUAAAAGAACUGUACCAGAAUUGUGAACGACUGAGGCCCACCAUAAACAAGUUGAUAUUGGAAACAAACCACGGCGAGGGCAUAUUAGGUGAUGUUCUAGGAACCAACGAUGAACUUUCCACAGCGUUCAACAAGUACAACAUUCUCAUUGUCCAAGGCAAACCCUUGCCCCCCAAACCGAAAGAUUCUAGUCAUAAUUCUUUGCUUAAUUUCGAAGUUGAUGCAAAAGUAAUGGAUUACCUUCCCAAAGAGCAGACCUCUAAAGAUAGUGGGACAUCGAUUGAUGUUCUUUGUGAUAUUUUCAAUAACGCUGGGAUUCCCGAUUCUGGGGAAGUGCUUCAGCCUGUGGCUUUAUCAAAAUAUGAUCAAAAAGUUUGUGAUGACGAAAAGGAAAAGCAAAAUAAAUUCAGGUCUCUGGAAGAUCUAGACAUACUGGGAGAACAUCUCAUUAAGGAAAAUCUUCAAGGCGCCCGGCAAACCAAUUUUAGAGGUCCCCAAGAAAAAAUCCCGAUGAACCGCCUCGGCAAGAUCUCCGAAACAAAGCAGGGUCAGUCGUCUCAAUCAAACAGCUGCGAUUCUUACAGCCUAGACCUGAACUACCUCCUCCAAUCGAGAAAUGACUCAGCUGAUCCAUCAACGGACGAUUCUAAAAGCCUGCACGACACCAGCGAUGACUUCCUCGUCGAUAUUUCCGACGAGAAAAUGUUGGAUGUGGAGAAAACCGACAUGCCCCUUCCAGAAAAAGAACAUCAAAAACCGGUUGCGAAUGAAACCGACCCCAAAAAGGACAUCAAGUUGAACGACAUCCACGUUAAGCUGGAAGAUAUCGAGCCGAGUAGUUAUCCUCCAGUGAAAGUCCUGGAUGAAAGGAAUGGAAUCAGCGUGUCUCUGCAUUUAGCUAAGGACAAGCCGAGAGAGGGGGUGAACGUGUUCGUUGUGACGACAGUCAGCAAGAACAAGCUUCCCCUGAGCAGUUUUAUGUUCCAAGCCGUUGUUCCUAAGGGAUGCAAGCUGAAAAUGCAGCCGCCCUCUUCUACAGAUCUUCCCGCCUACAACCCUUUCCUACCUCCUUCGGCCAUCACCCAGAUAAUGCUGGUAGCGAAUCCUGGUGGUGUUCAGAUGUCUCUGAAAUUCUUUGUGAGCUACACCAUGGAUGAAGAUACCGUUACGGAAAUGGGAGAGGUCGAAGACUUGCCCGCUUUGUGAAAGGAAUUGAAGGUUUUACCGGCUGUACCUAAAGUAAGGUUAUGAAUCUCUUUGUAUUCAGUAUGGUCAGAAGGAGUGUCUGUUUUGAGUGAUAUCAAGAGAAAAUGUAGGUUUUGUUGCUGCGAACGGUGAUUGAUCUUCAGUCUGCUGUUUGGUGGUGCUUUUAGUGGAAACUUAUAUUUUUCAAGAAUCUCAGGACCGAGACUUUCUUUCUCUCUCUCUAUUUGUAAGAUUCAUUCUGGAGGAAAAAUAUCAGGGUUAGUCUACAGAGAGAGAGAGAGAGAAUGCGGAUAUUGAAUUAAGAUAUGAAAGUUCAAAAUGGUUUGCAUUUCAAAUAUUGAUUAUAGUAAAAAAUUUUUCAAUUGCUGAAUCAAUUCAAGAUUUAUUGUUUCUAUGAGUAAACAAUUUUGAAAGUGGAGUUUUUGUGAACUUUAACAUAUAACUGGACUGUAUUAACAGUACUUUUUUCUGUUAUCACUUCAGUAUCUAUUAUUGCUGUGUUCAAAUAUACCAAAGAUUCAUUUUAUUUCAAAAGAUUAUAAUUCUUAAAAUUAUUUUGUUGACUGAUUGGGUCAAACUUAGCUGCAAAACCAAAGUCGAAAUUUACAGAUUAACGUCGUAAUUUCGAGAUUGAAGUCGUAAUUUCGAGAUUAAAGUCGUAAUUUUGAGAAUAAAGUCGUAAUCUUGAGAAUAAAGUCCUAAUUUCGAGAUUGAAGUCGUAAUUUCGAGAUUGAAGUCGUAAUUUCGAAAUUGAAGUCGUAGUUUCGAGAUUAAAGUCGUAAUUUUGAGAAUAAAGUCGUAAUUUCAAGAUUAAAGUCGUAAUUCCGAGAAUUAAAACGAAAUUUUUAGUUUAAAGUGAUAAUUUCGAGAUUUAAGUCGUAAUUUCGAGAUUUAAGUCGUAAUUUCGAGAUUUAAGUCGUAAUUUCGACCUUAGUCGUAAUUUCGAGAAUAAGAACGAAAUUUCUGGUUUAAAGUGAUAAUUCCGAGAUUAAAGUCGUAAGUUACAGAGUGAAGUUGAAAUUUCGAAUUUAAAGUCAUAAUUUCGAGAUUAAAGUGGAAAUUUCGAGUUUCAAAGUCGUAAUUUCCAAUAAACGACUGAUUAAAAAAAUAUGUCCUAUCAGCGCUUCUGUAGAGAACUAAAUCAUACAAAAGAGAAAGCCAAAUUUAAAGGUUUUUUUUGGUUCCUGAUCCUCGUACUUAAAAGAUUUAUAUUCAUUGAGGAACAAUUCUCUAGUGUUCAGGUACUUUUGGAAUAGACACAAACCAUUUUUAUUUUUCCCAGAUAACAAAAUUCCUACACUCCCACGCUAGUCGUUCAUAGUCAUUAAAAAAAAUUAUAGACAAAGUCUAUAUUAAAGUGUAGUCAGAAGAAGUUGCAUUUAAAGCCUUCAAUGAUGUCACGAUCCAAGAACUUUCUAAAGUUUCAUUUUUCGCUGUCUUUUAAUGAAAUUGACAAAGAUGUAUCUUACUACACUGUUAUUAGGUGGUCCAAAGAAAGAAAUUGAAUUGACCGGCAGUCCAACACACUGUUGCGGCACUAGAACUGUAACACUCUUUUCAAUGUACAUUUCUCCAACUAAAGUAGCAUCAUAAAUGACAAAGACGAACUAUGAGCAACAGAGGUGCAAUCUAUCGGUGAGUAGCAGUAUCAUUUUGGACAAUGCAUUUCAUGACGAGUGGGAGAUGGAUUUUGUUGAUAUUUUGAAUCUGGGUGGAAAAUAUGAUCGUUAUUCAACAAUGAGUUAGUAGCCCCAAAAUGGCCGACUCUCUAGAGGAAACUUGAAAGUUUUGUGUUUUAUAUUUUGCUUUUUUUACAUAAAUAUAUUUCUAUCUGUUAUUUCGUGUAUGAGAAAUUGUUCUGAUGGGUGGAUGAAAUAAAACAAUUGCAAUUUU